CGUAAUAAGUCAACUAUCCUAUCCACAAAUAUACCUCGGAAUUGAUAUUGCUCUCGGUCUGUUGUAUUGCUUAGCUGUAAACGAAGUGGUUGAAGAACCAUUUUUCAAAUGUCAAGUGAUGCCAUUGCAAGGGAAACAAUCAAAUAUCGUGACGUCACGAGGAUUUAAGCCAAUCAUAGACCACGACGCUUUUCCGCCGCGCGUUGAGCGAAACAACAAUGUUUAAAAGCACCGUUCAAGCCCUCACCGUCAUAUUUUGCUCUCACACAAGUAUCCAUAACAAUGGUUUCCAUAGUCUUCAUUAUCUUCGUCACCGUUCACAUGUCGUGUUCGUUUUCAGACCCAAUGCACAUUUAUCAACAGGCUCUGCCGAGAGGCCUUGCAGUAUUUCUUGAGAAGAUGGAAAUUCCACGAGACGAAUUUAUGAGGAGAUACCAGGCUUAUAAAGCAGGCGCCUCCCCUAUAUCUGUAAUACGGCAUGACGCAUCGACUAGCUCUCAGACCUCCAGUGACGUGCCGGAGCAUUCUGGAGGAGUUAACACUACAGAACUAAAUAACCUACCGGUCAUACCGGAAGACGCCACCUGUAAACCAAGACCAGCAAUCAUUGAGUUACCCAGGGUAUUUGGUACUUCCCUAUAUCCCAGCUUCGUCAUCCUUUAUCGUUGCGGUGGAAGUUGCUCGUUGCAGGACGCCCAACACUGCGCUGUCACGGCGCAAGACGCCAUCAAUGUUGAAGUUUUGGAAAUAAUCUACAAACAGUGGGAUUUUAAGAGUAUGAAGUUGUAUAGCCACACCCAAUGCAGUUGCGAUUGUAUCCAGACAGCCAGUGAUUGCGAUCCGCAGAUACAGAUUUGGAACGCAGACCAUUGUAAAUGCAACUGCAUUGAGGAUGGAUCGCAGUGUGACGGAGCAACUCAAAGCUGGGAUAUCAAGACUUGUGCCUGCAAGUGUGACACAGCUCCACAGAUCUGCGCUCACAACAAAGAGUGGGAUGCUGAAAACUGCGGCUGUCAUUGCAAAAAGAUACUCCAGGACAAAUGCAAGGCAAAUAACCAAAACAUCGACAUAAAUACUUGUCAGUGCCUUGAUGUAAACGUACUGUAACGUUUUGCGCGACUUCAUUUGUGUCACGCAACGUCACUUGACGGAAGGAUUUUACGGCAGUAUGACGUAGUCACGCAAGGACCGCACUUUCAGAAAUUUAACUUACAUAAGGGGCUUAGGAAAAGAAAAAACAAAUAGGCAUAUUGUAGUAAAAGACAUUUAAUUUUCAUGUGAAAGUUUCGUACAAAUGACAAAAUUGUGACAAUUUAACAAAGUAUAUUUUCCGCUCUACAACUACAAACAAAUUAAAUGAUAAGAAAAUUUCAUGA